GGCCGGAAGUCAGCCAUAGAGUUGAGCCGCCAGAGCGACCCUGAAGGGAGGUGGCAGGAAAGACUCGGAACGGCUGCCGGAGGUGACGGAGCGGCGGCCCCGCCCGGCGAUCGGGAAGACGAAGCUUCAGGUAGCGGCCCGCAGAGUCUAACCGAGGCUCCAGACAUCCUGAGCCCAGGUCCCCCCAGCUCAGUGCAGCCAUGAGUGCCGAGGUGAAGGUGACAGGGCAGAACCAGGAGCAAUUUCUGCUCCUGGCCAAGUCGGCCAAGGGGGCAGCGCUGGCCACACUCAUCCACCAGGUGCUGGAGGCCCCUGGUGUCUACGUGUUUGGGGAACUGCUGGAUAUGCCUAAUGUUAGAGAGCUGGCUGAGAGCGACUUCGCUUCCACGUUCCGCCUGCUCACGGUGUUUGCUUACGGGACGUAUGCUGACUACUUAGCUGAAGCCCGGAAUCUUCCCCCUCUCACAGAGGCUCAGAAGAAUAAGCUUCGACACCUGUCAGUCGUCACCCUAGCUGCCAAAGUCAAGUGUAUCCCAUAUGCAGUGCUGCUGGAGGCCCUUGCCCUGCGGAAUGUGCGGCAGCUGGAAGACCUUGUCAUAGAGGCCGUGUAUGCCGACGUGUUACGUGGCUCCCUGGACCAGCGCAAUCAGCGGUUGGAGGUUGACUACAGCAUUGGACGGGACAUCCAGCGCCAGGACCUCAGUGCCAUUGCCCGAACCCUACAGGAGUGGUGUGUGGGCUGCGAGGUAGUGCUGUCAGGCAUUGAGGAGCAGGUGAGCCGUGCCAACCAGCACAAGGAGCAGCAGCUGGGCCUGAAGCAGCAGAUUGAGAGUGAGGUCGCCAACCUUAAAAAAACCAUUAAAGUUACAACAGCAGCAGCAGCCGCAGCCACAUCUCAGGACCCUGAGCAACACCUGACUGAACUGAGAGAACCAGCUGCUGGCACCAACCAGCGCCAGCCCAGCAAGAAAGCCUCAAAGGGCAAGGGCCCCAAGCACACCAUGGUGGUGAUAGCUGCAAGAGUGGCUGAGCAGGCACUUGAAAUUCUGAGAGGAGAAUCCCUAUCUCUGACCAGAAGAGUUGUGGUCCCACAAGUGUUCCCAAGAGAAACAGUGACCCAUUUGCCUGAGCCAGGUCAAGCAAGAGUGAACGUCUUGAGAAAUUUGAGCACUUCAUGCCCUUCCAGUACCGCUCAGGUUCCAGGUUAGUUUUCACCUCUGGUCUCCUUCACUGGGCUCAAAUUCUCAACAACUGGCAGUGGAGGGUUUGAAGAAUGUUUGGUGGAAUGUUGCUGACCCCAGAGUUCCUCCCACUUGAAGGCCUGCCUACGGUUAUUUGGACUCCUUCCUGCUCUGGACCACACGUGUUCCCACCCACAGUCCAUGGGAGAGACUGUGCCUGAGGGACAAGGGGCAGCAAAUUCCUCAGGCACCUAUGAGAUAUGCCCUACAUUCCCCCUGACAAAUGAAGUUACAGCAAAAGCAAGGGAAGACAGCUGCUUACAUUUCAUCCAGCCCAGCUGAGUUCCUUUGCUGCUUCCCAUCUGCCAGUCCCAAUGUCAUUACCAUUGAGGCACUGGGAUUGAACUUGAGUUAUGAAGGCCACACAUGAAGACAGAAGAAAGGAAAUGACGAGGAGGAGACAAGAGGGUUGAAAUUGAACAGGAAAAGAUUAAAAGCAAAGCCAGAAUGCCACUUGGUUUUUUUCCCCAUUCUCCUUUAUUCCUUAAACACCUAGUUACAAGUUGCACAAACAAAAAAUAAAGGUAGAGGACACAGGGAAGAUUUUUGUGAUGUGUAGGAGAUGGGAAGGGAGAAGGGGGUGAGAACCAGUCCUCUCUCUCCACAUAGCCCCCUGAAUGAGGGCUACGACCCCUGUAGCAGGGGAUCUGAGAAGGAGGUGGGCAAAGGUCCAAGGUAGCUGAGGGAGGGAGGAAGCCCCUAAACCCAGAGCUCCCCACAAAAGCCUUCAAUGUAUGGCAGGGGUAGAAUGGGGAAGGUGAGGAGGUUCAAAGAUGGAGCAGCAAAAUGAAAAAUCAAGUUAGUGGAUACAGGAGAUGUGGAGUCACUGUGGGAAGGGAAUUAAAGAAGGAAAAUGUAGAUAAAGGGGCAGUGAAGGUUCUCCCUGAGACUCCAGGGAGAGUGGGGGGCCAGCUUGCCUGUUAAUUUAAUAUUCAAGUGGGAGUGGGAGUGG